CUGCCAUGAGCGUGCCGGAGGUGGAGGCCCUCGUCUCCCAGAAGUAUGAGAUCAAGAGGCGCCUGGGCAAGGGGGCUUAUGGCAUUGUAUGGAAAGCAGUCGAUCGCAGGACAGGAGAAAUAGUUGCUGUUAAAAAGAUUUUUGAUGCUUUCAGGAACAGAACAGAUGCUCAGAGAACAUUUCGAGAGAUUAUGUUCCUGCAGGAAUUUGGAGAACAUCCAAAUAUCAUCAAGCUGCUUGAUGUUAUCCGAGCUCAGAACAACAAGGACAUCUACCUCGUCUUUGAGUCCAUGGAGACAGAUUUACAUGCUGUGAUUAAGAAGGGGAAUUUGCUGAAAGAUAUCCACAAGUGUUACAUUCUCUACCAACUCCUGAAGGCAACUAAAUUCAUCCACUCGGGAAAUGUUAUUCACAGAGAUCAGAAGCCUUCAAAUAUCUUGCUGGAUGCAGACUGCUUUGUUAAACUUUGUGAUUUUGGGCUGGCCCGUUCUUUAUGUCAGAUGAAUGAGGACCAAGGCAACCCUGCUCUAACAGAGUAUGUGGCAACACGCUGGUACCGAGCCCCUGAGAUCUUACUUUCCUCUCGGAGUUACACUAAAGGUGUAGACAUGUGGAGCAUUGGCUGUAUUCUGGGAGAGCUGCUACUUGGAAAACCUCUUUUUCCUGGAACAUCAACAGUGAAUCAAAUAGAGCAGAUCUUGAGGGUCAUUCCUGCCCCAUCCCCAGAAGAUAUUUUGGCUAUGCAAUCAGAUUACAGGGCCUCAGUUAUUAACCGAAUGAGUUUCCGGCAGCGAGUAACAUUUGAGGAGAUUUUACCAUCCUCUACUCCAUUGCCUGCCUUGGAUCUUCUGAAGAAACUUUUAGUAUUUAACCCUGAUAAACGACUCACAGCAGAGGAGGCUCUGCAGCAUCCUUAUGUGAAAAGAUUUCACUGUCCUGCCAGGGAGCCCUCUCUGGAUUAUGAUGUGAUUCUUCCUUUAGCUGAUGAUAUCCAGCUGUCUGUGGCAGAAUAUCGAAAUAAAUUAUAUGAGAUGAUCCUUGAAAAGAAAUUAAAUAGCCAUCGAAAGGAGCAAGUGCGGAGAGAAAAUAUUCAACUAAGUCAGUCUGAAUCCAGGCCACUUCUUCCAAAUUCCAGUUCUGUGAAUUUAUCUACCAGGAAAGGCCAGAGAAUACCAACACCACCUCUUCUAAAAACUUCAGAUGUGCAUGCUGGAACUACAUCUAGUGUCCAGCCAGAAGCAUCCAGCCAGAGUGAAGAUUUAGCAAGAACUUUAUGUCAGAGAUCAAAGAUCAACAUGAUAUACAAUCCCAUAACACAUACUGCUGUUCAAAGUAAUGCAAAUUCUGGUGCUGUGAUCAAGAACUGUUCUGCACCACCUUCUCAACAGGCCAGAAUCUCCAACAAUAGGAGACUGGGGAGACAAAUCACAUGGGCAAAUGCAAAUGCUCAGCUACCUCCUACAAGCGUACAGAGCCUUUAUAAUAAUCCAAGAAAUACUCAGUUUCACAGCAAAGAUGUUCAUCCGCUUCUGAAGUCCAGUAAAAAGAUGUUCCAGAUUACUGCAAAUGUGGGAGCUGCUGGUGAUCCAAAAGCAUCAAUGGGCAGUUACUCCCAGGCCUAUGGAACCAUAUAUAAAUCUGCACUGCAGAGUCUUCCAAUAUCAAAAUCCUCCCAACAACAUGAGCAGUGAAUAUGGAAAUGUUCUAACCAGGUGAAGUACAGCUCAUCUUAUGAGUCCCCUAACUGAGCCAGCAACAGCAAGUGAGAGCAAAAUAUAACAGGCAUUUGACAGUUACGCCAGCUAAAGGAAAAUGUUUUAUUCAUUGUAUGGAACAAGGGACUACUUUCUUCUGGACAAACCAACAGGAAAGAAAAUCUAAUCCCUUUGCCUUCCGGUCUUACCAGACAAGGGCACAGCACUAUUUGCUCCCAUACUGUGAGAACAAUGAAUGCUGUCAGUUCGUAUUCCUCAUUUGAAUUAUUGCAAAAAAUUACAGAAAACUGCAAUAUUGUGAUACUUGAAUGUAUUUAGACAUAUUCAGAAUAUUCAGGGGCUUUAGAUAUACUCAGACACAUUCAGGGCCCGUGUAAACCUCAUGAAGUUCAGCAAGGGCAA